UGUCCAAAGGAAAUGGAUCUCUCCCGUGGACUAAGAGGUGGAAACUGAGCAAGGGAGCUGAGUGGUUGACAUCAUCAGGCCGAGCAUUGGGUUACAACAAAUGGGGACUUACUUGGCCCGAGACAUGGGAAACACCCACUAAAACCUCGAAGUGCUUUUCACUUGGGAGACUCGGAGAGGGAGAGAGAAAGGGCCAGAGAGUCCAGCCUACACCCACCGGCCUGGUCUGCUAAUCUUCCCCUCCAAAGGGAGGCAUAAAUACUACCUUCACUUGUCACUGAGGACCACACGACUUUGAAGAAACUCUCUGCUCUUAAUUUCCACACUGACUAGUCCACAGUGGGAAACCUGAAGAGAUGCGAGCAGGAAAAAGAAACUAAACCAGCCCCACCCCCCUCCUUGGAGAGCCCGCAGGCAUUUCAAAGUUCACAAGGUCAAGAGAACUCCAUCAUCACUGCGCCCUCACUCCCCGCCGUCCCUCCUCUGCUGCUCCCCAUCUCAGCCUGAAGAGCAAUGCGACCGGCAUGAUGGAAGUCGAGUCCUCCUACUCGGACUUCAUUUCCUGUGACCGGACGGGCCGUCGGAACGCGGUCCCCGACAUCCAGGGAGACUCCGAGGCUGUGAGCGUGAGGAAGCUGGCUGGAGACAUGGGCGAGCUGGCCCUCGAGGGGUCAGAAGCGCAGGCUGAGGCGGGCCCCUCUGACAAGGAAGCUGGCAACCCGCCGGAGAGCAGCGCUGGGACCACCUCGUCUUGAGUCUGGAAGGCUGGAAGACCUGCUGUCCCCGCCUGGACAGGGGGCCCUGGCACAGGCCUGGCAGCCUCUUCUCGGAGCCUUUGUCACAGGCAAGCCAGGCCAGAGUGAAAAGAUACCCCCAGGGGCCACCGUGGCCCCUACCCUGUGAAAGCCCUCUGCCCACAUCCACAGGCUCCACGCUCCCACCUCCUCACCACACCCACGUACACUCUCAAGACACUGUAACCACAGGAUGGUGUUUAUCCAGUGGGUACCAGGACUCAGGGGCUGGGCCCUGCACCCCUGGGCGAGCGCCGACCCAGCUACCUUCCUCUCACGGGUGGCCUGGGUGGGGACCAGGUCCCAGCUCUGCCCCUUCUCCAGCCCCAACCUUCUGGGUCAGAACCUUCAUAUCCCUUUUUUAAAAAACACUUUUAAACUUUGUAAAAAACCUCAUACCUUUUUUCAGCAGAGAGAGGGAGGGAGCUGACCUUUUAUUCUGGAAGUAGCUGUCAGCUAAACCCUCCGACCAUCUAUGCAGCUCUGAGGUCCCCUCAUGGGCCUUCACAGAUCCAGUUUUAGGGAAGGGAUUUUGUGCUCCAAACUAUCUGAUCGACUCUUAUCCCUUUCUGUCAAGAGAAGUGACACCUAGGACCCAGAAAAUAAAAUGCUGAUGAUUUGUGUGA